AUGAUUGUCUCGUUUAUCGUGGCCCUGUGCCUUGGCACGCGCUGGGCACUCGCUGCUUCGACAUCAGAUGAAAUCGCCAACUCUCUAAAUGAACUAGCACAGCAAGGAUUCGCUGUUAAGCAACUUGUAUUGGAAGUAAAUUCCACUGCGGACGCUGGUCCAAUUCCGGAUAUUUACUUUGAGAUGGACACAAUGGUCACUGUGGUGCUAACUGAUAUCAAAUUCCUUAUGAACACGCCUAUCAUUACCGGUCAGGCGGAGCAGCAGGACGUCUACGAGGGCUACUCAAAUUUCGUUCAAUCCAUCCUCGAACUUAUGGACGCCUUCUCGAGCAGCGCAGCUCAUUUUAAAUCCAUCAACCAAGCAACAAAGAACACAAUUCCUUCAGAAGUUCGCAUCUUGCAGAGUGCCGUUGACGCUUACUUCUACAAUAUCAUCGGUCUCUUCCCAGCCAACAGCUCGUACAAUACCCAGGCCAAUAACCAGAAGGCCCAGGUGGAUACACAUUGUUUCCAGGCUGUCUGGGCAUUUGAUCUCGGCUCUACCAAUGGCAAUCAGGCUUUGUACCAAGCCCACAGCAACAGCUCCCUUCACUCCCGACGUAUGAAACGCGGUUCUUUCUAA